CUAAACGUGAUAGAUCACUCUCCUACAUUAAGUUAGCUUACUUAGUCCUGCAAUUUAGGGGGAGUGAAUCCAAAAUGUCGCAGUUUGAUAUGUACGAUCCAGACCAGCAUCGGCUGCAGCAGCAGGGGCAGCAACCUCGUAAGAAAUCGAAACUGGCGUUGCUGUUAUUGGUUUCGAGAGUUACAACGUUGGUUUCUCUGGCCAUAUCCAUCGUCAUCCUCAAGAACAGCACCAAAACUUACCCCGGCAAGGUCACCUUCUACGGCGACACUUACGACAAUGGAUACAGAAUCCGAUACUCCGACUACAGCUCUUAUAAGUACAUGAUGUUUAUCAUGGUAAUAGGAUGCGUGUACAAUCUGCUGCAAAUUCCUCUGGCACUCUACUUCUUCCUCAGACACAACCAUCUCAUAAACCACACCGGUUUUGUUCUGUUCCAAUUUUUUGCUGACCAGGUGAUAUUGGCACUACUAGCAACGGCAUUAGGUGCAACAUUUGGUGCAACGGUGGAUUUGGAUAAGGGUGUUAGGAGAAAGGAGAAAGUAGAGAAAAAUCUUCAUCACUUCUGGCGUCUCGUUUAUUUGCCAAUCACAUUUUUUCUCAUUGCUUUCAUAGCCUCUAUUAUUUCUUCCAUCAUCACAUCUAUAACAACUCUCACCAAUGUCAAAACUGAUAACAAAUAGAUGCCCCUACCUUGGAGUUGCCUCAAGUGAUUACUGGGUGCAUGUGGUGGGCAACUGUCGAUCUCAAGUUGUCUGUGUGGAUCAGACUCAAAGUUUUUUUUUUUUUAAGUGUGGCUUGAAACAGUCAAGUGAGGACGUUUAAUUUGCGAUAAGGCCUUAAAAAAAAGAGAGUGAUAAAUAGAUGGAUAUCUGUGUGUGAUUAUGUAUUUUGCGUAUAUUGUAAAAGAGUUAAGUGUAUUUCGAUUAAUCUAGAUAUGCGUGUUAAUUGAUGAAAUUUUGUGAGUACUUUUUUUUUUUAAUGACAAAUAAAUAAUGCUAUUAGUGUUAUGCAAA